UUCAUCCAUUCUCCAGCUCCACUUUCUGAGUGCUCCUACUAUCAUGAUUUGAGCAAUUCUUCAUGGUAUAUCAGAUUCAUCCAUUCUCCAGCUCCACUUUCUGAGUGCUCGUACUGCACACCGACUUCAUAUUUGAAGAAUUCUUAGUCCACAAAACCUGUCAGAUAGCACUUAAAAAGGUUAAAAACAAUGAAUGGAAAUUAUAGAUAAGAUCAAAAUGAAUCUUCCUCUGGCCAUAAACAGGUUCCAAAUUACAAUCCUAGGACCCAACAAAGAACAAGGCAACCCCAUUUCAGCAAUGUGAGUAUAUAAAACUUUCCAGUUGGAGAGGAAGAAGAACACUACACAAAGAUGGAAGAAGUAAAGCUACUAGGGGCAUUUCCAAGUCCAUUUACUCACAGAGUUAUAUGGGCUUUGAAACUCAAGGGUGUGAAAUAUGAUUAUGUUGAAGAGAACAUCUUUAACAAGAGUCAUCUUCUUCUACAGUCUAACCCGGUUCAUCAGAAGGUCCCAGUCCUUAUUCAUGGUGGAAAACCCCUUGCAGAAUCCAUUGUUAUUCUUGAGUAUAUUGAAGAGACAUGGCCACAGAACCCCUUGCUUCCACAUGAUCCGUAUGAGAAGGCUGUGGCCAGGUUCUGGUUGAGGUUUGGAGAGGACAAGCUACCAGCUUUUUGGGCAUUCUUUGGGACUGUUGGAGAAGAACAAGAGAAAGCAACAAAAGAAGCUAAAGAACUGCUGAGGAUCUUAGAAGAGCAUGGCCUUGGAGACCGGAAGUUUUUUGGAGGCAAUGAGAUUGGACUGACGGACUUGGCUUUUGGAUGGAUAGCUUGCUGGCUCGAAGUCCUGGGAGAAGUAGCUGGGGUGAAGCUGCUGGAAGCUGAUGGCUUCCCUAGAUUACAGAGAUGGAUUGAAGAUUUUAAGGAAGUCCCAGUGAUUAAGGAGACCCUUCCUGAUCGUAAGGGAAUGUUGGCCUAUUUCCGAUAUAGGAGGUCAACAUUUAUCGGUGAGGCAGCAUCUUAUGAGGCAGCAUCAUAAGAACUAGUAGUAACUGGGUUUCUGUAAUGCAACUGAGCAUAUGCUUUGUUCAAAAUAAAAUUUUCCAUAUGUAAAUAUAGAUAUAUCUGAGUAAGCUUCAUCAUGUUCCUGUUUAAAAACAAAGGCCACUAUUUCCAAGCACAAUGCACAUGAUAUGAAAGAGUGGAGAAGGAAUCCAAGAUCACAGCAACCAGAAAAGGGAUAAAGAAUGAAGGCAUGAGAAGCAUAAGGAGCAAAUCCAACACAUUC